GCGGCCGCGCAGGGACGCGCCGCUCCCCGCGAAACCGCUCUCCGGGGGAAGGAGCAGCUGUGCCAAGGGCGCAGGUGUCGCGGGGCGCUCACGGGGCACACCGAGCACACCGGGCUGUCCGCCCGGCCCGGCCCCGCCGCUCCCGUCCGGGCACGGCCGCACCGACCCCGACCGCGCUCUCUCCGCUCCCGCCUGCUCCACAACUUUGUCCCGCCGCGGCCGCCGUCUCCUCCCUCUGAAGGCCCAAGAUGGCGGCGCCCGGCGGGGCGGGCGCGGCCCCGAUGGCGAUCGCGAUCCCGGGCCCCAUGCUGCUCCCGGAGCCGCCGCCGUUCCCGGCCUGGCUGGCAGCGCGGCUAGACGCGCUGGGGCUGGACCGCGCCGUGUACGGCGCCUACAUCGAGGGGCUGCUGCGGGAGGAGGAGAGCGACGAGGAGCGGCUGGAGGCGCUGCGGGCCGUCCUGGCCGCCUGCCUGGAAGAAGAUCUCUUGAAUGAUGUGUGCAGGGAGGUUGUGGAGAGGUGGUCUGACUCCCAGGUCGUUGAUUCCAAAGAGGAGAAAGAAGAUGAGGUCCAGGCCAUCGCCAGCAUGAUGGAGAAGCAGGCCAGGAUAGUGGUGAAGCCCAAGGAGGUGUCUCAGGAGGAGAAGCAGAGGAAGGCCGCGCUCCUGGCCCAGUAUGCCAACGUGACUGACGAGGAGGAUGGUGGGGAUGAACAGGAUGGAUUGAUGACAGCUGUAAAUAUUGGAUCAGAAAAAUCGCUGUUCCGAAACACCAACGUGGAGGAUGUGCUGAACGCCAGGAAGCUGGAGCGGGAGCUGCUGCGGGACGAGUUCCAGAAGAAGAAAGAGCAGGAUAAACUGCAGCGGGAGAAGGACAAGCUGGCCAAGCAGGAGCGGAAGGAGAAGGAGAAGAAACGAACACAGAAAGGCGAGCGGAAGCGGUAGCUGGUGAUUUCCAGUUGGACUCGCAAAGGAUAAAAUUAAUUCUGAAUACGGUGUGUGUUUAAAAAGCAGCAAGAAUUCCAGGCACGUGGCUGGGAGCAGUUCUUGGAAAGUGGUGCCUUUGUUUUUCUUUUUUUUUUUUGUUUUGUUUUGUUACAUAGCAGAACAGAAUCUCUGAGCAGCUCCUGGACUCAGUGUGCCCUGUGCUUGUGGUAUCAGUGUCCCAGUCAGUGCUCAUGGCCAGUGUCUGUACCAAAGAAGGGUGAAGUGAUUAUGUCUGUGUUGUUAAAUUGAUCCAUUUUUACUUCUGACCAUCUGGGAGCAGAGCAUGGUGUAGGAGCAGCCCCUGCACUGGCUGUGGUUUGAGCUGAGCCUGUCCUGCCACUAGCCAGGACAUGCUGCCCUGGGGCACACAUGAAUUCACUGACACAAGCCUUGAAAAUGUCUUUGCAAAUCACUGUGUUUGCACUGCUGAGGCCAACACUCCAUCCUGCUCAUGCUGGGCUGGUGAGCAGGACUGGAGCUGAGCUCAGCACAGGGCAGUGCUGGGCUGCAGCAGAGGAGUGAGAUGUGUGAAACAGAGGUGAGCUGCAGUGAUGUGACUGCAUCACCCAUGGACUGUGAGUGAGGGAAACACUGCCCAGGCAGGAGCAUUGGCCUCAGCAGGAGCAAACCACACUCCUAAUGCAGUUUUAAGACUCUAGAGAGCUGGAAAAUGGUGCUCCCUGAUGUUCUGUGGGGUGAACAUGGACUGUUACUUCCAUGGCUGUUGCUAGGGUGAAGCUCUGCAGCUGCUUUAGCACAAGCAGGGUGAGGCAGGGAUGCAGUGGGGUCACUGCCCAUUGGGCACAGCUGCCUUCAGGAAGUGCAGUGCUCCUCCUGAAUGCUCCUCCUCCCCCCAGAGGGCUCAUCCCUGCUGCUCCAGCCUUUUUGUGAUGGUGUUGCCCACUGAGGAAGGAGAACACUAAUCCUGUGAACUGAGGGAGAAGGAGGGGCUGUGGGAGGAACAAGUGUGCCUGGGCUCUGUGCUGCAGCAUGCUCCAGGUGUUUGCUGUGAGGUGACCUGUGCUGAGCUCCUGUGCUCCUGCACUCCCAGGUGCCCGACCCAGCACCGCUUUCAGCACUGCUCUGACUCCAGGGCCAGGCCUUCCCUCAAGCUGCUGCUGCUGUGUGUGUGUGAGUCUCCAGCUGCUUUGUCUUUGGACUUGAGUAUUAAAUCUUGAUUGACAAAAAA